GCCCCAUGCUCUCCUUAUAUAUACCUAUUUAGUCUCCCACCCUUUCCACUCCAAGCAUUCACAUGCACUUGCAAAUGGCUUCCCAUAAACUUUCUUCUCUUGUGUUCUUUCUUUUCUUUGUUAUAGGAAUUUGUUCUGCAGCCAGAAGUUUGACAAGUUCUUAUGAAGGAUAUGGUGUUGAAAAUUAUGGGAAUCGAUAUGGUAAAGAUGAUGCAUAUGGAGGAAAAUACGGGGAUUACAAUGGAGGUAAGGGCGAGGAAUAUGGCAAAGAUAAAUGCGACGGAUACGAUCGAAGAAACUAUGAGGGAUAUGGCGGAGGUAAGCGCGAGGAAUAUGACAAAGAUAAACGCGACGGAUACGAUGGAAGAAACUAUGAGGGAUACGGUGGAGGUAAGCGCGAGGAAUAUGACAAAGAUAAACGCGACGGAUACGAUGGAAGAAACUAUGAGGGGUACGGCGGAGGUAAGCGCGAGGAAUAUGGCAAAGAUAAAUGCGACGGAUACGAUGGAAGAAACUAUGAAGGAUACGGCGGAGGUAAGCGCGAGGAAUAUGGCAAAGAUAAAUGCGACGGAUACGAUGGAAGAAACUAUGAAGGAUACGGCAGAGGUAAGCGCGAGGAUUAUGGCAAAGAUAAACGCGACGGAUACGAUGGAAAAAACUACGAGGGAUACGACGGAGGUAAGCGCGAGGAAUAUGGCAAAGAUAAACGCGACGAAUACGAUGGAAGAAACUAUGAAGGAUACGGCGGAGGUAAGCGCGAGGAUUAUGGCAAAGAUAAAUGCGACGGAUACGAUCGAAGAAACUAUGAGGGAUAUGGCGGAGGUAAGCGCGAGGAAUAUGACAAAGAUAAACGCGACGGAUACGAUGGAAGAAACUACGAGGGAUACGGCGGAGGUAAGCGCGAAGAAUAUGGCAAAGAUAAACGAGACGGAUACGAUGGAAGAAACUACGAGGGAUACGGCAGAGGUAAGCGUGAGGAUUAUGGCAAAGAUAAACGCGACGGAUACGAUGGAAGAAACUACGAGGGAUACGGCGGAGGUAAGCGCGAAGAAUAUGGCAAAGAUAAACGAGACGGAUACGAUGGAAGAAACUACGAGGGAUACGGCAGAGGUAAGCGUGAGGAUUAUGGCAAAGAUAAACGCGACGGAUACGAUGGAAGAAACUAUGAAGGAUACGGCAGAGGUAAGCGCGAGGAUUAUGGCAAAGAUAAACGCGACGGAUACGAUGGAAAAAACUACGAGGGAUACGACGGAGGUAAGCGCGAGGAAUAUGGCAAAGAUAAACGCGACGAAUACGAUGGAAGAAACUAUGAAGGAUACGGCGGAGGUAAGCGCGAGGAAUAUGGCAAAGAUAAACGCGACGGAUACGAUGGAAGAAACUAUGAGGGAUACGGCGGAGGUAAGCGCGAGGAAUAUGGCAAAGAUAAACGCGACGGAUACGAUGGAAGAAACUAUGAGGGAUACGGCGGAGGUAAGCGCGAGGAAUAUGGCAAAGAUAAACGCGACGGAUACGAUGGAAGAAACUAUGAGGGAUACGGCGGAGGUAAGCGCGAGGAAUAUGGCAAAGAUAAACGCGACGGAUACGAUGGAAGAAACUAUGAGGGAUACGGCGGAGGUAAGCGCGAGGAAUAUGGCAAAGAUAAACGAGACGGAUACGAUGGAAGAAACUACGAGGGAUACGGCAGAGGUAAGCGUGAGGAUUAUGGCAAAGAUAAACGCGACGGAUACGAUGGAAGAAACUACGAGGGAUACGGCGGAGGUAAGCGUGAGGAUUAUGGCAAAGAUAAACGUGACGGAUACGAUGGAAGAAACUACGAGGGAUACGGCGGAGGUAAGCGCGAGGAAUAUGGCAAAGAUAAACGCGAUGGAUACGAUGGAAGAAACUAUGAGGGAUACGGCGGAGGUAAGCGCGAGGAAUAUGGAAAAGAUAAACGCGACGGAUACGAUGGAAGAAAUUAUGGGGGAUACGAUAGAGAUAAGCGCGAGGAAUAUGGCAAAGAUAAAACGCGACGGAUAUGAUGGAAAAAACUAUGAAGGAUAUGGCGGAGGUAAGCGCGAGGAAUACGGUGAACACAGCGAUGCACCUUGAGAAACACAUUUUCAGUACUACCCUAUGAACAUAUAGUAGAUAAUAUCAUGAAGGAAUAAAAAUGAGCAUCCAUGUUCAAAAUAAAAUAAAUAACAGAGAUGGGGAAUGGUUACAAUUUUGGGAUGUUCAAA